CCCAAACCACACAGUCAGCACGUUAGCUGUGUUGGGGAUGGUGGUAGAUGGAUGAUGCUUUUGCUACGUAUACUUCCGCAACGCCACCAGCUUGAGCUUGCUUGUUCAGCCAAAGAGGAUAGGAGAGAGGUGUGCUGCUGCUGCUGCCGCCGCCGCCGCUGCUAGUUGGUUGUGGAAAACAACCGACGUUGAUUAGCUAGCCAGCCAGUCUAAUAUUCAGCAAUGCACACUAAGGCUGUACCCAGUCUGUAGAACUCUGGAUAGCUUCAAAUACGUUUUGACGAAUAAGAAAACGAGUAUUAAAUACCAUCGAAUUCUACUAUGUCAUCAGCUCGCAAGAGAAUCACUCUUUUUCUGAAGUGAAACAACCACUUGUAAACCAGCCCAUCCAGAUAAAAAGUAGCUUUUUCGGUUCGUUGCUUAGCUAACUGCAAGCUAAUCCUCAAAAAAGCUACCUGGUUAGUUUGUGAACUUCAUAACCAACCAAAAGACUCUCAUCUGAUGAAGCACAUCGGAGGGAUUACUCUUCCAGCUUUGAAAAGUAGCGAGACUCUACUGUUGCCAAGGACGCAAAAUGAAGAAACAGUUCAAUCGGAUGAAACAACUCGCUAACCAAACAGUUGGCAGAGCAGAGAAAACCGAAGUUCUCAGCGAUGACCUUCUACAGAUUGAGCGGCGCAUGGAGACGGUGCGCGUGGUUUCCCACAACACGCACAAGAGGAUGACCACCUGUCUGCAGGGCCACAUCGGCACUGAGGCGGAGAAGAGACACUCCGUACCGCGCCUUUACACAGGAAAUGGUCAGAAAAAGCUUCCCCUGACGGCGCUGUCUCAAGCCAUGGUGGAUGGGGGCAGUCAACUGGGGGAGGAAUCUCUUAUUGGGAAGAUGAUGGAGUUGUGUGGGGAGGCAGAGAGCAGGCUGGCGUCUGAACUGCUUCAGCAUGAGGUCCAGAUAGAGAAGGAUGUGCUAGACCCGCUGAACCAGCUGGCUGAGGUGGAAAUUCCCAACAUCCUAAAACAGAGGAAGCAGCUAGCCAGGCUGGUGCUGGACUAUGACUCUGCCAGAGCCAGGUGGUUGCAGGCAACCAAGUCGAUAAUCUCAGGAACAAACACUCAAGCACUGACGGCCAAGGCAGACCUGCUUAAAGAGGAGGUGGAUGAAGCUAUGAACAAAAUGGAACUCUGCAAGGACCAACUGGCUGCAGAUAUGUACAGUUUCUUCUCAAAGGAAGGGGACUAUGCCUGCUACUAUGUAAUGCUCUUAGAGGCCCAAGCUGAUUACCAUAGAAAAUCUCUGACUGUUCUGGAGAGUGUCCUGCCAGCCAUCCAAGCCCAACAAGACUCCUGGACGGAGAAGCCAGCGUUUGGGACGGCGCUGGACGAGCACCUGAAGAGGAGCAGCAGAGAAAUUGCCCUGCCGAUAGAGGCCUGUGUUAUGAUGCUGCUGGAGACCGGCAUGAAGGAGGAGGGCCUAUUCAGGAUCGCUGCAGGAGCCUCCAAACUGAAGAAGCUCAAGGCUGCUCUGGACUGUUCCACUUCACAACUGGAGGAGUUCUACUCUGACCCCCAUGCUGUUGCUGGAGCCCUGAAGUCCUACCUGAGAGAACUACCUGAACCUCUGAUGACCUUCCAGCUUUAUGAUGAGUGGAUUCAGGCCUCUAAUGUUUCGGACCCAGACAAGCGUCUGCAGGCCCUGUGGGUCGUAUGUGAUCAGCUACCAAAGAACCACAAAGCCAACCUAAGGUAUCUGGUGAAGUUCCUGUCCCGGCUGGCUCAGGACAGUGAGGUUAACAAGAUGACCCCUAGCAACAUUGCCAUUGUCCUGGGACCCAACCUGCUGUGGGCCCCAACAGAGGGCACGCUAGCGGAGAUGGCUGCAGCUACCUCUGUCCACGUGGUCACCAUCAUAGAGCCCAUCAUUCAGCACGCAGACUGGUUCUUCCCAGAAGACGUGGAGUUCAAUGUGUCGGGGAUGUUCGCCAUGCCCACCCCCCCCUCCAACCACAUCAACCACUCGAUGGAGUACGACUCUUCCACCAUGGAGAGGAAGAGGCCUGGGAGCAUGGUGGGACCAGAGAAUGACAUCCCACGCAAAGACAGUAGCUCAGCUAACAAACUGUCGGACCAUAACACCAUCCCACGUAGAGGCAGCAGCACUUUAGGUAGAAAGCAGCACGCUUCACCCGCCUUCCAGCCCCCCUUACCCCCAGUAGAGGCCCCGGGGCCUGGGCAGGUCACAGGGUGUGUGGCUGAGUCCCAGGUCCCCCAGGGCCAGGUCCAGGCCGCGCCGGGUGGCAUGGCGUCUGAGGGCAGCCAGCCUAGCCUGGCGCUGGGUAUGGCUGCUCUGGCAGCAGCACAACAACUUCUAGCCACCACCGCUGAGGAACUUGGCAAUCCAAAGCGUGACCCCAACUCCACACCUGUUCUCCACCAGAGGAAUGGUUCUGGAGGGGGUCAACCGGUCCCAGCCUCAGGAGGACUGGCAGCCGGUUCUGGUUCCAUGGGGCCCAGCCCACAUCUGAUGCGUAGAGGUACGAAGAAGCCGGCCCCUGCCCCUCCCAAGCCCCCCAACCCCCCCUCAGGCCAGCCCAGUAACACCAACCACCUCCCCUCAGGCCAGGGCCUUAGCACCUCUCCCAGACCCCUCUCCUCCACAAGCCACACUCCCACCUCCCCCACCCUGCCCAGCCACCAGCCUUCUGCCACCCCCCGCCGUCACUCCAGCAACCAGCCCCCGAUCCAGGCCCCUAACCACCCACCCCCACAGCCCCCCACACCCUCACAGGUCAGCCCACAGCCCAACCUCAGAACACUCAGCCAGUCCACAGGUGAGCUAGGGGUGGACCACUCUCCCCCAGACACGCCCACACCCCCUGACACCCCUCCCCCCACCGCCGUCCCCCAGGACAGCCCGGGUCCGCCUCCCGCCUCACCCUUCCAGCCGGGGUCCCUCACUCGGCCACGCCCUGUCCCCAAACCCAGGAACAGGCCCAACAUCCCCCCACCCCCUCAGCCCGCCGCACAGGGAAACGACACCAAUGGGAUCUGCAACACGGGCUACAAAAUCAUGGACCCAGCGCUGUCUCUCAAAGGCUUGACCCGAGCUUUGGUCCCUGAAUUUGCUGUGGACCAACAGCCAGUGACUGCCCCCUCCAUGGCCCCCUUGGCCUGUGCGCCCCAGCCCAAAGACUCUGACCUGGACACGGAAAGUACCGUCCUAUAAGGAAGAGGACACGCCUUGGCUCUGUCCCCUCGCACCUCCUCUCCAGAUGUGGGCAGAAGUUGACCUUAACGUGUGGUCCAGGGUCAGAUAUUAGUUUCAACCCCUAAUGGUUAAUUGUAGGACUUGGGGGUAAUGUGAUCUGGUCCUAGAUCUGUGGUUAAUGGCAACUUCUACCUCAAGCUCCCCUCAGCCCUCGGAUCACCACACCUCUGCUGCUCUCAACUCCAUUUCCCUGUGUCCUCAACACGCUAACGUACCCACCACCACCAUUACUCGCACCAUCCCAGGCCUGUUACAUUUCCAAACACCCAUGCCAUCAACCCAACCACCCACAUUGGAACCAAAUAACUCCCCAUUGGCAUCUCACCACUGGGAAGUCCUAACUUUGUAGCACUGAUGAGGUCUUUCUAAAGCUUGGUGAAUUUUUUUGGGGGGACAAUGCACAGAAAUAAAGAGUUUGGAAUGGAAAAAAUUCAUUUCCAUGGGCUGUUGGACCUGAAUGUACUGGUAGUAGAGAGUGGGUUGUUAACAGAAGACUGACUGAUUUAUUUUAUAUUGGUGUGAAGUGUUUUGUUGCUAUUGUUGAAGAUGAUGAUAAAUGGCCUUAGUUCAAUCAACUACAAAUACUAUUUGUAAGUGUAAAACACAGGAAACAUGGGGAACAUGAGAAACGGACAGAAAGAACCACUGUUCCUGAAAGUGUAGAUGGCGUCUAAUACAGUUUGACCUUUUCAUCCCGUUUUUGUAUGAAACCCAUCCCUCGCUCUGUAUUUAUUUCCAAAAACACAUUCCCUGUGGCUUGACUGAAUAUUCAUGCUGAUUUCUGAAUCAUGCCUUACUGGUUCCAUAACUUAGUAGCAGGGGUAGGUCUAUAUACCUUAGUGGAUGCUGUAUCUUUUGGCUUGUAGGUGCCUUUCUAAUAUUCUGUGUUAACUCCUAUGUUGCUGGGGCAUUAAAGUGACAGACCCUGUAUAAGUGAAUGUAGGAAAGGAUGGUUUUAAGCGCUUUUACUUGUAGCUAGCUUGCCGUCUGAGCAGUAAAUCACUUUUGAUAUUGCACUUGAACCAAGUUCAAAUUAAAGGUGCGGUUUUGAAUACACAGAUAAAACCUAGUCCU